AUGGAUAGGAUGUUUGAUGAAUUUGCAAAUCUCUGGAUGAAAAUGAAGAUUCAAGUUAAAACCAAAGAAGAGCUUGAUUCAAAACAGUACAUAUUCAGACCUCGUGCUUUUGACAUUAAAGAUGUCAUUGAAAUGGACGUAUCUACCCUCGAAAGUUCGAUUGCCAAUGAAGCUUUCUCAGAGUGGAAGGAGUUGGCUUCAGAGGAAGUAUCUGUUGAAAGUGAAAAGCAACUUAUUAGAUCAUUGGUGGGUGAUGAUGACCCAAUCCCAGAUGUGAGGAAGCCUGCCAAGCGACAGUCUGGUAAAGGUUGGUUUCUCUUCAAUUGCUUGAUUCUUUUACUUAUAACAAGAGAUUAUGAUGGAAAAGUUACUCAUGAGGAAAUGGCAUCUGCAGCAAUAUACUUGAAAGAUACUUUAGGCAAGGAAGGGGUUCAGGAGCUUAUCACCAACCUUUCCAAAGAUAAAGAUCACCCUCGUUACUUUACAACUUGUAAAAAUUUACUCCAAAACAGAAUGCACUUGAUUCCCAAAGAUAAAGUUCCAUUCAUUUGGCAACCAAACAAAGCUCAAAUUCCAAUUCCUUCAAAAUCCACACCACACCCUAAUAACUUUGUCUUUAUACCCGACAACUUGACUUGUUUUGGUAUGUGUAUUACCCGGCUUAGAGAAAUGGUUGCAAGAGAUGAGUUCAGAAGAAGAAGAAACAAGGCUGCAACUAUAGUUCAGGAGUCUGUAAACUUUGCCACAGGAGUAGGGGAUGAUGAGGUAAUCGUAGAUGCUAAUGAUGCUUUGGAUAGGCCUAGAGAUGAAGAGCGAAUGGUGGGAGUCAAUGGACGGGAUGAAGGGGUAAAUGUCAAUGCUCGAGUUAAGCAUGUUAAACCACCUAAAAUGCGAAAGAAGUCAGAACGAAUCAUUAAACUGAAGCUUGCAAAAAAUGUAGGAGGUGAAGGUAGCAGUGUUGCAACGGCCAUGGACUUGGAUUAA